CAUACCCGAAUGCAAACCUGCGGAUGACGGUGAGAUUCAUCGCCAGUGUUUUGAAGCUUGGAAAGAUCUUCUUGUGGACUCAAUGACAUUGGCAGGAGUGGAGGAUGAACUCACUAAGUUCACAAUUUUUAAGGUUAAGGCCGGUGCAAAACUUCUUGAAAUCUUCAAGAACACUAGGUCGUCGAAUGAAGAUCCGAAUGUUGACUAUUUUCCAUUCACGAAUGCAAUGUCCAGGCUCAAAUCCUACUUUGGAUCGGGAUCAGAUGUAAUGCUAAUAAGGCGUAAAUUAGCAUUGUUGACGCAGAAGCCAGAUGAGUCCGACUUAUCAUACAUAAAUCGGGUUGGCUCAAUGGCUAGACUCUGCGAGUUCGAUGGCUCAAAAGAAUUCGAACAGAUCGUCGCAACAAUCGCCGAGCAUGCCAUAAACCGAGAUGUCCGAACGACUGCACUAAAAAUGCUGAGUCGCAAUAAGUGUUUCACAGACCUGAUCGAUAAAGUACGCGAAAUUGAAACCAUUAAAUUGAACGAAGAAUACGUCCGUAAAAAGUACCGGAAUGUCGAGCAAGGAGUGGUAGCAUCCGUUAGUGCAUCUUUUCCGAGGAACACGAGUCAUUAUACAUCGCAGAGAGGUUUCCAGCAUCACGUAAACAGAUCAAUGAGAGGAGGCAGUCGAACUCUACGUGGCAGACAACCUUACGCUAGUGGUGGUCCAUCGUUCCGUUACACACCUAAGGAGUCUUACGCUAGUGGUGGUUCAUCGUUUCGUUACACAUCUAAGGAGAAAUGUUGGCGCUGUAACAGCAUAUAUCACGAGGCUGAUGUUUGUGGUCACAGAGAAAAGAACUGCAACAACUGCGGGAUUCUUGGUCACAUUCAGCGAGCGUGUCUCUCUCGUGGUAGAGGUCAUGGUAUGAAGCGACAAGCAACGGAGUCGUUGGAGACUACUGCGAAGAAGAUAGCAGCAAUUGAAGAAGUGAAAGAUGACUUGGUUUCUGUUGAAUCAGUACGUUCGGAACCUGCACAAACUGUGGCGGAAGUUGUUUCAAAAUCUAUAGUUGGCCCUCAAAUGCUAUCAAAUCAAGUUCAAGGGAUUAUUCUCGAGAACGUUGCACAGGUAUCUAAGUAAAUAAUUUGUAAGAUGAUGUAUCUCAUUAUGUAUAUACACAGGUUGCGUGUACCAGCUCCAAUGUCCAGUAUAUUGGGAGAAGCGACGCUACUAUCACUGCGAAGGUAUCAGGUAUGCAAU